ACGCCCCUUCUGAUGGGACAACAGGACUCAGUCAGUGAAGUUGGAAUAUUCCAGCGGAGAUAACCUGUAAAGGUCAGGUGAAACUUUAAAGAUCCCCGCGGAGGUGUUGGAUAAUAUCAGUCAUGGCGAGGUCUAAGGCGAGGGUGUACUCUUGUUGCGCACUGAUACUGCUCUGCUUGGUUGCUAUAAUUGUGUGUAUUGCUGUACUUGUGAGGCACAAGUGUCCAGAUGACACUUUCUCAAGCGCUGCAGUGGCCGCAGACUCGGGGAAAUGUUCAGAGAUUGGACGGGACAUCCUUCAAAGUGGAGGUUCAGCGGUAGAUGGCGCCAUUGCUGCGCUGCUGUGCACCUCCGUCAUGAACCCACAGAGUAUGGGCAUCGGAGGGGGGUCCAUAUUCACAGUAAUGGACAGCUCUGGUAAAGUGAACAUCAUCAACUCCAGAGAGACUGUGCCUAGGUCGUUUAAACCUGACCUGCUGAAGUCAUGUUCCAAGACCUUAGCAGGCAGCCAAUGGAUUGGGGUCCCAGGGGAAAUUCGGGGUUAUGAACAGGCACACAGGCUUUAUGGGAAGUUGCCUUGGGCCACCCUCUUCAAGCCGACCAUCCAACUGGCCAGAGAAGGGUUUCCUAUUCCUCAAGUCCAAGGUCGAUACCUCCCGUACAUUGAUACGAACGAGACCCAGUCACUACGAAAGUUGUUUUCAGAUAAGAAUGGGAACUUGCUGAAGACCGGCGAUAUUGUGAAGUUUGAGAAACUGGCCGACACGUUGGAGAUUAUUGCAAAUCACGGGGCAGACGCUUUUUACACUGGAAGAAUAGCAGAGGAUUUAAUCCGUGACAUACAGGAGGCAGGAGGAACACUCACAACGCAGGACUUGGCAGCGUAUAGAGUUACAGUGACUGAUGCGUGGGUUGUUCCUUUGGGAGAGUACAAGAUGUACAUACCCCCACCCCCUGCAGGAGGCAUCAUCCUCAGCCUCAUCCUUAACAUCAUGAAAGGCUAUCACUUGAAUUCAGCAUCUCUGGUAGGUGAACAAAAGACACGGACCUAUCAUCACUACGUUGAAGCUUUUAAGUUUGCCAAUGGAUUAAAGAAACACAUCCAUGAUCCACAGUUCGGCUCAGAUGAAAUGGCCAAGAAAUUCACAGAGGAUAGCUUUGCCAACCACAUACGGAGCUUAAUCAGCAGCGACAAGACUCACGACCCACAGUAUUACAACAUCACCCCGUAUCUGGACAGCAUGGGCACGACGCAUGUGUCUGUGCUGGCUGAGGAUGGAUCUGCUGUGUCUGUCACCAGCACCAUCAACCACAUAUUUGGCUCAAAGGUCUUCUCUCCGAGAACUGGAGUCAUCCUCAACAACGAGCUGUCCGACUUCUGUGGGAGAGUCGAUAACAUCUUUCCUGGGGAGCAGCCUCCCUCCUCCAUGGCCCCCGCUGUGCUGAAGUCUCAGUCGAAGACGCUGGUGAUUGGAUCGACUGGCGGGAGUAUGAUCACGACUGGGAUCGCCUCGGCUCUUAUGAACCACCUUUGGUUUGGAAAGAGCCUCAAGGAGGCGAUCGCUGCUCCGGUCGUUUAUGUCGACUCUCAAAACGCAGUGAAGUUUGAACCCGCGUUUGAUAAGGAUGUAAUCGAGGAUCUGAAAGCUCUGGGACACAAACGCGAAACUGCAAAACAUUUCUACAACGUGGUCAAUGCUGUGGAGAAGGAGGGCGGCUGUAUCUGUGCAGUGUCUGAUGCCAGGAAACUGGGCAAAGCAGCCGGUUACUGAGACCAAGAGCCAGUGACCAUUGGUUAUGCAGGGGGGCCUGAAGGUUACAGAGACCUUGCUGCAGCCACAAACCCACAAAAGCUGCAACAGAUGGUGUUUGUGCUGCUGGAAAAUCAUUGAACAGUGAAUAACAGGCCUCUUCAGCUGAACACUCACAGUAACAUGUAGCAGGUGAACACGUGGCCUCUGAACAGAACUGUAACAGUGACAUGAUGGAUUUUACUGUGCAAGAAGAAACAACUAUGACUGUAUCUGACCUCCUGUGACUCUUCUGUUCAGCUUGUUUGUACACAUUUGUAGCACUCCUACUCUUGUCUUUUUGCAUCUUUCUAAUGUAAAACUAAAACAAGUGGUGAUACCUACAAAUGUUCAUUUAUUCCAUUAUUUCACAUCUUACAAGUGACUUUAUAGUACAUUCAUGUUAAUAUCUGAGACAUAGAAUACAUAGCAGGCUAUUUUAGACUGUCUCAUUAAGUUAACUUGUUCAUGGUUGGUUUUAUCUGGUUAUUCUUUCAUAUUUAUAUGAGCUGUUUUAGUACUGUUUAUUAAAUAAACAGUGAAUGAAAUAUAGAUAUUUGUAAUAUUCAAAUAAAAUAUUUUCUCUUUUUACAUGCUUCAUAUACUGUAAUGAAUACUAUCUUCCAAAAACAUCCUAAAAGCUGCUUUUCAGGAUGCAAAUUUCCUGCACGAAAUGUGUUAACUGUCCAUACUUUGAAGGGCAAUUAACAAAAAUUGGUUAAAACUAUUUUGGUUUUUGAAAUACUAUUUGAACACAUUCAAUAGAAACACAUGGAUGUCACAAUCUGUGCCAUUCUUAAAUUGCAUUUACUGAGUUCAACACAAUAACAGUUUGAAAGAAAAGUGCUUGAAAUGGACUGCAUGUGUUUUUCCCAGUAAAGGUGUUAAGUGACACAAUGCAGGUGCAAAAAUAGGAAAACAGAAUAAGUGGAUGAAGGGUUAUAUAUAGGAAUUAUAACAAAUAAAAGGACAAAAAUAAAUAGAUCCUGGUUGCAAUCUAUGCCAAACAACCAAAAUGGCAAGUGCUUUUUUUGGAUGCACCUCAGCCGGCAGGUCAGUCCUUUAACCCGAGGUCACUGCUAUUGAAAUCUGCUCUGUAAAUCUAUUCCUCUCUUCCAUAAUGUAUUCUGAACAAUCUGUGUGACUUCUCUGUGCUGUUUUUCACAUAUUAUUUUUCAUUUUGUGCUGGCGCAUGCAGCAGCUGGAGCAAGAUAAUCCGAUCAGAUAGUGACUCAUACAAAUAGGAGAGCAGUUUCCUGAGAGAAAUUUUGUGAAGAAAUAUGAUGUACUUUAUGUCUCCGCUCAAAGGCCUGCAUGAGAAAUGUUUUCAGUUCACACAAUAAAGCAAAAUAAAUGGC